AUGGCUGAAGUUGACGCGAAAAUAAAUAUGUCUCUUGAUGAAAUCAUAAAGCUGGAGCGCAAGGAAAAAAAGAAAAACUCAAACGGCGUCAGUGGAAAGAAAAUAAUCAAGAGAAACAUUAAAAAGAAUGUUGGAAAUGCACAAUCUCGAAGCCCUAAUAAAUCAUUCAACACAAAUUAUAAGAAAAAUAAAAAGAACACUGCUGCUAAUGCAAUUAAAAAACGAAAUCAAAAUUGGAGAUUCCAACGACAGAAUGGACGUCAAACAUCAAACGUUGGUUUCGUUGGUAAACGUUAUAAACAACAAAAUGGCGUUACCAAACGUACCAAGAAUGGAAUUAGUAUAAAUAAAAACAUCAAACAACAACUCACAAAUAGAGACAGUGGCAUAAUCUUUCGUCGUACUAAAACUCCGAAAUUUGGAUUAACUCGUUCAAGAAGUCGUAAUAAUCUUGCGUCAAAUACUCUCAAAAAUUUAACUACAAACAAUCGAGGACUUAAACGAACAAAUAGUUUACCAAAUCUUCGUGAUCCGAAUUCUGUUCAUAAUCGUCUGGGAUAUCAAAGUUUAACUCAAGUUGCCUACAGAAAUCGUGUUAAGCGAGCUAAAAAACUUUUACUUCAACGACAGAAUAAACAAAAGUUGUUAUCUGAUGAUCAAAUGCUAUACCGUCCUGCUAGAGGAUUAACCAGUCUUCAACAACGAGCUUUGGAGCGUCAUCAACAACAGCUCAUGACUUCUCAGAGGAACAUUGGCACUGGAGGACUUCGAUCUGAUCAAAUCCUUCGGUCACAAAGGCGUGCACAGUAUACUCAAAAACUCAUGAGAAUGAAUGCUCCUCGAAGAAAUCCAAAUAACAACGUCAAUUUUAUGUGUACUUUAAAACAAGUCUAUGAUAAUCAUCCAAAUUUUAAUCCACAUCUUAAUCGCAAUAUGAAUAACAAUCUUCGUCAAUUACCACGAGGACGAUCACCUUACCGCUCAGAAAUGCAAAAUUCAAUGGCACGAACAUCUCAAUUCAUGAGACCACGUUCACGUUCACGUUCCCGAUCCCGUUCUCGUAUUCAGCCAUCAUCAUCAAUGCAGUCCAACAUCAAUGUAGAUGAUCGUACAUUCAGCCAAGUUAUGUACAGCGUAUCAAAUAAUUUAGGAGUCACUGAAAGAACUCUUAAUGAUAGAUUUAGUUAUUAACAAUAUUUCAAAACUAUACUAUUGAAUACUGCAUAACGGAAGUAAUAAAAAUAAAACCGAAAUGCAGAGAUUCAAGAUGUGCAUAUACAUACAUAUAAAUAUUAAUUGUUGUGUGCUGUUUAAUGCACAAAUGUAAAUUCAUCGAUAUAAAUCACACGGUAAAACACAAUAAUAUUAUUCAUUAAUUUAACAUCAAUAGAAAAUUUGUAAUUGAUCAUAAUGUCAUUUAAUUAUUAUUUCACGAUUACUCAGAUAGUCGGUAAACUAUGUAUUUUUUUUUUGUGUAAUUAUAGACAUCUUUAAUUGAUAGAAUAAUUGAAAAUACUUAUUACCUAUAGUAAAAUCACUGUUAUGAUUAUAAUUUUUUGUAUUUAUCGUAAUUUGUAGAUUAAUUGCUGUAUUGAUAAUUAGAAAAUUUAUAUUAUUUUCAUG